AUGUCCGAUCAACCGGAGUCGUCCUCGGCUGCUGCCCGCGGAGCUCUCAAGGCUGCCAACGGCACGACAACGGACUAUGAGUUGCCAUGGGUUGAAAAAUACAGACCUGUCUACCUCGACGACGUUGUUGGGAACUCAGAAACCAUCGAGCGGCUCAAGAUCAUUGCAAAAGAUGGAAACAUGCCACACGUUAUCAUUUCUGGUAUGCCCGGCAUUGGAAAAACGACCUCCAUCCUAUGUCUCGCACGCACCCUGCUCGGAGAUGCAUACAAAGAAGCUGUCCUUGAGCUGAAUGCGAGCGACGAAAGAGGUAUCGAUGUUGUGCGCAACAGGAUCAAAGGCUUUGCCCAGAAGAAGGUGACAUUGCCUGGGGGCCGGCACAAACUUGUAAUAUUGGACGAAGCAGACAGCAUGACAGCCGGAGCACAACAAGCGCUACGAAGAACAAUGGAAAUCUACUCGAACACGACCCGAUUCGCAUUCGCUUGCAAUCAGUCUAAUAAGAUCAUCGAGCCCUUGCAAUCGAGAUGCGCAAUCCUUCGAUAUUCGCGCCUCACGGACGCGCAAGUGGUGCAACGCCUGAUGCAGAUAAUUGAAGCAGAGAAGGUGGAAUACUCGGAAGACGGUCUUGCCGCACUCGUGUUCAGCGCGGAAGGAGACAUGCGACAGGCCAUCAACAACCUACAAAGUACUUGGGCCGGCUUCGGCUUCGUCAGUGGCGACAACGUGUUCCGAGUCGUGGACAGCCCGCAUCCAGUCAAAGUGCAGGCCAUGGUCAAGGCAUGCUGGGAGGGAAAGAUCGAUAGCGCAGUCGACACGUUGAAGGAGUUAUGGGAUCUGGGAUACUCCUCACACGACAUCAUAAGCACUAUGUUCCGAGUGACUAAGACGAUUCCAACACUCUCCGAACAUUCCAAGCUGGAAUUCAUCAAAGAGAUAGGCUUCACCCAUAUGCGCAUACUGGAGGGUGUGCAAACCUUCUUACAACUCAGCGGCUGUCUGGCGAAAUUAUGCAAAAUCAAUAUGAAGCCGGAACCAUUUGAAGUGCCGGCUUGA